AUGUUGGAGAUUGACAAGCAAAGCUUUCGACAGCAUCUGGAAUGGCUUGUAGAUCAGCUGGCGGUGGACUCUGCUCCGUAUUUGGAAGAAAGGCCUCGCUUCGCUCAUGGGGUUCUGGUUCUGGCAGAUCACGACAACGGAGAAGUCAUGAAGGUAAAUAUAUAAAAUUAUCGAUAUGGUAGUCCGUCUUUAAUCACAAUAGAUAGAAUAUCCCCGCAAGCAAAUUUUCUUUAAGUUUUUCUAUCAAACGUCUCUACUUGGAAAACUUUUCUUGUGCUUACACGCAAAGUGAUGACGAUUAAUUCCUAUAAAAAUUCCAGGCCUCAUUGAUAAAGCAGCUUGACAUUGAUAUAAACGAGCAACGAAUCUACAGUACUCGGGAAGGGAUCUAUCACAAAGAGGACAUGAGAACCCAGAAUGAUUCUGGAGUCAAUCUGAACAUUUCAUCCCCAGAAUUCGAAGACUUUCCAGUAAUUCCUCCCCUUAUUCAGGAUAAAUUGGGAAAGGAGAAUGAUCUGCCGUUCGUGCCCUUAUCGAAAUAUGUUAAGAAGACCGUUUCAACGUUUUCUCCAGUCCAAAUUCCAAUUGAUCAAAGCGUUAAAAUGGUAAGAAUUGAAGAAAAUAAAUCUAAUGUAUCUAUACAGAAAGAAGAGAAUCUAAGCACCCAAAAGCUUUCCAAAUCGCCGGAGACGUCAACGACGACUGUGACGGAUAAAAGGACAUCCAUCUCUAAUCUGGGACAGGAAGAACCAAGGAAGUCUGUCACGUAUGAGGCGAGCUCAUUCUUGACACCAACCAGGGACUCAAAUUCAUAUGAACAUCGACAGUCUAUUUCUCAGGAUUAUAAACAAGGAGGGUCCCAGAGAUCAUCUAUCAUCAGUGUGCCACGACAUUCGAUAACCCCUCGAGACCAGACAACAAAUUAUAUUGUUGCAGAGUAAGUGAUUAAUUCCAAAUAAUAACUUCUUUUUUUCAGUGGAGGUGACAUUUCGAUCCCACCAAUGGUAGGGACUUAUUAUGAAAGGCCCGAGAUCGUCCAUAGAUCUUACCGUUCCCAUGUUGAACAAACUACCUUCCCAUCCAUUGACAGGUUCAGAACUGUGAGACAAGAGACCGUUAGUGUGUUUGAGCAUCCCCGGCGGACUCCAUUAAUGUCUCCCAUGAGUCAUUGCUCUUCAUCAACUCCAACUUUUACGUCUCUGAGUUCAUCAAUCCCUUCCCAUCAAAAUCCAGAUGCCAUUGAAAAGGCCGUAAAGAUUCUUCAAGAUUCCUGUGAAAUGCUGGAUGAAACCGCCGAGAGAAUUGCGGUAAGGGCUCCUCUCUCUGUCUGUUAUCUCGUUUUGUUUAUCCCUCCUCAUAAUCGUGUCAAAUCAGUCAUAUCCCUCAAUCCUCGAAAUGACUGCUCUCCCAAACAAAUCAAAAUAAUUUCAGAGUCGAAACCGUCAUCCGCGGAAUCCGUCCGCCGACUAUGCGCCCAGAUAUUCCCAAGAAUACACUUCCGCCUUCCAAUUUCCGAGCGAAUUACGCACCACUAAUUAUUGA